CGCCAAGAAGAGCAGAGGCCAGCAAGAGUCCCGGUGGGGGUGGCUGAAGGCAGCGUUCCUUCUCUCCGCUGCUGCCGUCGGUGGCCUCCUGAGCUGGAGGUACCUGGGCGCCGAGGAUGGGGUCACAGAGGUGCUGGCCCGUCACAGCGAGAACCUGCAGGACAAGUUCAUUGAGAUCCCCUGCUCUGAGGACUACGACAGCCACAAAAGAUUUGAAGGGUGCACUCCUAGAAAGUGUGGAAGAGGUGUGACUGAUGCUAUAAUCACGAGGGAAGAAGCUGAAAGAAUCCGUAGAAUAGCAGAGAGGGGACUGUCCUUGGGAGGAUCUGAUGGAGGGGCAUCAAUUUUGGACUUGCACUCCGGAGCUCUUUCACUGGGGAAGCAUUUUGUUAAUCUGUACAGGUACUUUGGGAACAAAAUUCAAGACAUCUUCACAGAAGAGGAUUUUGCAUUAUAUCGUGAUGUGAGACAGAGAGUUCAGCAAAGGAUUGCUGAGGCGUUUGGUAUCCGCUCUGCUUCUAUGUACCUGACUAAGCCAACGUUCUUCUCGAGAAUAAACAACACAGAAGCAAAGACAACACACGAUGAAUACUGGCACCCACAUGUUGACAAGGUAACUUAUGGCUCUUUUGACUAUACUUCACUGCUCUAUCUUUCUGACUACACUGAAGACUUUGGUGGUGGACGGUUUGUCUUUAUGGAUGCAAGCUCCAACAAGACGAUAGAGCCCCGCGCAGGCCGGGUUUCCUUUUUCACCUCUGGAUCGGAGAACCUUCAUCGGGUGGAAAAGGUUCACUGGGGCACUCGCUAUGCCAUCACCAUCUCCUUCACUUGCAACCCAGACCAUGGCAUUGGGGAUCCAGUCUUGCCAAAUCCAACCAAACAUUCCAAGAACAGCAAGAAGAGUUAUUUCCUUUCUGAACCGCAGAUGGCUCUGGCAUGCAUCGAUCAUCUCGGCCUCACUCAGAAAGGCAGGCUCCUCGGGAAAUCCGGCUGCCUUGAAAUUGAGAAGUAUUAUUUUGUUGGGAAGAACGCAGCAUUUAAACUAAAAGCAAAAUCCAAGAAGUUCAUGGAUGCCUUUGUAAAAGACUGCUUCAGAGAGAUCUUAAUGCCUGUGAAGCUAAAUGCGGGAGGGUCGGAGCUAGGUGGGACUAAGGACCAAGACCAGGACACCACAAGGCGAAGAGCAAGUGCCGUCUCGAUGACUGAAGUCAAAGACUCGAGAGAAAGCGUUCCUGCUCCCCCCGCCACAGGUUUUCAAAUCCGGGGAAGAUUUGAAGAUGUUGUUUCACGAACAGUUCUUUUCACGGCCUAUCAGCUGUAUUGGUUUAGCUGCCUGGGGGCAGACAGUGAAUCUGAUCGGAACAAGAAAUAA